AUGGCAGAGCCUGCAUCCAUCUAUAAAUUCCUGUCGAGAGAAGCUGCAAAUAAACAUUAUUCAACCCGCAGUUUUCAGUGUCACUUCUGCCAUCGCAAGUUCUUGUCUUCUCAAGCUCUUGGUGGCCAUCAAAAUGCACACAAACUCGAGAGAGCUGCUGCUAGAACAUCAACCAAGCCACUCUAUUUUCACUCUAGUUCUUCUCUCAUUAUCACAAACCUCACGCCCAAGCCCGAUAUAGAAUCUGCUCGCUUCUUCAACAACAACAACUAUCCUUACUUGCUUGAAGUUAAGCCUUUUCAUCAUCACCUCCAUGCUGCAGGCGCAUCCAUAACUUCUCAUACUGCUUCUACUCUUCCUACUCAACCUUCUGACCAUGUCAAUCUUGACCUCACCCUUCGUUUGUGA